AUGCAGCCCCCGCUCGCCCCCGGUGUGCGGGACUCUCCCGCAGCCCUCCGUCUCCCCACACAGCUCCCGGGCCAUGCAGCCCCCGCUCGCCCCCGGUGUGCGGGACUCUCCCGCAGCCCUCCGUCUCCCCACACAGCUCCCGGGCCAUGCAGCCCCCGCUCGCCCCCGGUGUGCGGGACUCUCCCGCAGCCCUCCGUCUCCCCACACAGCUCCCGGGCCAUGCAGCCCCCGCUCGCCCCCGGUGUGCGGGACUCUCCCGCAGCCCUCCGUCUCCCCACACAGCUCCCGGGCCAUGCAGCCCCCGCUCGCCCCCGGUGUGCGGGACUCUCCCGCAGCCCUCCGUCUCCCCACACAGCUCCCGGGCCAUGCAGCCCCCGCUCGCCCCCGGUGUGCGGGACUCUCCCGCAGCCCUCCGUCUCCCCACACAGCUCCCGGGCCAUGCAGCCCCCGCUCGCCCCCGGUGUGCGGGACUCUCCCGCAGCCCUCCGUCUCCCCACACAGCUCCCGGGCCAUGCAGCCCCCGCUCGCCCCCGGUGUGCGGGACUCUCCCGCAGCCCUCGGUCCCUCCACACAGCUCCCGGGCCGCACAGCCCCCCCUGCUCGCCCCCGGUGUGCGGGACUCUCCCGCAGCCCUCGGUCCCUCCACACAGCUCCCGGGCCGCACAGCCCCCCCUGCUCGCCCCCGGUGUGCGGGACUCUCCCGCAGCCCUCGGUCCCUCCACACAGCUCCCGGGCCGCACAGCCCCCCCUGCUCGCCCCCGGUGUGCGGGACUCUCCCGCAGCCCUCGGUCCCUCCACACAGCUCCCGGGCCGCACAGCCCCCCCUGCUCGCCCCCGGUGUGCGGGACUCUCCCGCAGCCCUCGGUCCCUCCACACAGCUCCCGGGCCGCACAGCCCCCCCUGCUCGCCCCCGGUGUGCGGGACUCUCCCGCAGCCCUCGGUCCCUCCACACAGCUCCCGGGCCGCACAGCCCCCCCUGCUCGCCCCCGGUGUGCGGGACUCUCCCGCAGCCCUCGGUCCCUCCACACAGCUCCCGGGCCGCACAGCCCCCCCUGCUCGCCCCCGGUGUGCGGGACUCUCCCGCAGCCCUCGGUCCCUCCACACAGCUCCCGGGCCGCACAGCCCCCCCUGCUCGCCCCCGGUGUGCGGGACUCUCCCGCAGCCCUCGGUCCCUCCACACAGCUCCCGGGCCGCACAGCCCCCCCUGCUCGCCCCCGGUGUGCGGGACUCUCCCGCAGCCCUCGGUCCCUCCACACAGCUCCCGGGCCGCACAGCCCCCCCUGCUCGCCCCCGGUGUGCGGGACUCUCCCGCAGCCCUCGGUCCCUCCACACAGCUCCCGGGCCGCACAGCCCCCCCUGCUCGCCCCCGGUGUGCGGGACUCUCCCGCAGCCCUCGGUCCCUCCACACAGCUCCCGGGCCGCACAGCCCCCCCUGCUCGCCCCCGGUGUGCGGGACUCUCCCGCAGCCCUCGGUCCCUCCACACAGCUCCCGGGCCGCACAGCCCCCCCUGCUCGCCCCCGGUGUGCGGGACUCUCCCGCAGCCCUCGGUCCCUCCACACAGCUCCCGGGCCGCACAGCCCCCCCUGCUCGCCCCCGGUGUGCGGGACUCUCCCGCAGCCCUCGGUCCCUCCACACAGCUCCCGGGCCGCACAGCCCCCCCUGCUCGCCCCCGGUGUGCGGGACUCUCCCGCAGCCCUCGGUCCCUCCACACAGCUCCCGGGCCGCACAGCCCCCCCUGCUCGCCCCCGGUGUGCGGGACUCUCCCGCAGCCCUCGGUCCCUCCACACAGCUCCCGGGCCGCACAGCCCCCCCUGCUCGCCCCCGGUGUGCGGCCGCCCCCGGUGUGCGGGCCUCUCCGGCGCCGCUGGCCAACACCUCCAUCUCCCGGACACAGCACACACGGCACCAGCCACACGCCUUCUCUGCCCUCCCCUGCUCGCUAA